GGCCCACUUUACUCCCAGCCGAGAGUUCACAUGAGUGGAGUGGUGAGUUGGGUUCCAUCGGCGGCCGCACAAUAGCCUUCAUAACUGUCGUGAAUAGUCUUCGAGGAAUGUCUGUAGCGUGUUGACUGUGUAGAAACUGUGCGCGACUCAAUCGUUCUGCGUGUGUAAUGUGUGCCCGUCUCUCUUGAUAGUAUAUGUCCGCUUGCUGCCUGCGUCGUGCGAGGAACACCUGAAAACACCUGGAGGACGCUUUCAUGUCUGAUGUGUGGCAUGUGUAAUUAGUGCGUAUGUCGAGGACUUCUUACCUGCGAACGAGUUUCUGUUGAUUAGCUGUCGCUCGAUUGAGUCCAUUGAGGAAGGGAUCUAGCGCGGUAGACCCUGUUGCAGCCAUUGGGAGUCGCCACCACCGCUGCCCAGCCUUACCUGAGUGCCUGUCCGGUGCGUUCUGCAUGUGCACGUCAGUCUGAUCAGCCGCGAGUGACGCACUUCGUCCAUUGCAGUGUCCACGCUUGUCCCCUGAACAGAGUCCGGGCACUUGAUCCGCACAUCUCGCAUGCAAUUGCACGCGACUUACUGUCCAUUUGCUCUAAGUACCGUUGACUGCAGUUGCAUUAAUUGAACUGAAAUCCAACUCGGUGCGUACUAAUUUCCUUGAGUGGUGGCCGCCUGCCUCCCUGUCAGCUGUCCAAAACUGUAUGUGAAGCGUCGACUCUGGUCAUUUGAUUGUUCGCUCGAUUUGAGGCAAUUUGCGCGCGCAGUUUUCAUGGCCGUGAGCCAACGUGCGUGAGUGGACUCUUACAGCAGAUUACCCAGCAGCUUCGAUAGUAUCUUUUGUUAUCAGCCGUUCGGAGGUUCAAUGCAUUGUUGGAGGUGAGCGUGAGAUACCUCGUAUCAGCCAGCUAUUGUUUGGCCAGAGAUCCCAUCAGAACGGGAACCUUUUGUAACGCUGAUAUCUAACGACUUGGUUAGUGGAGUUUUUAGACUCGUCUGAAACGGAAGCAUUCUAGUGAUCGUAACGGUUACGUGGUUCGAAAAGUGAAUGUGAAUUUGGAAAGUGUUUUUGGGAAAUAGAUUGCAAGUUUGAGUGUCUCAAAUUUAAAAAAUUAUUGCAAAAGAAAUAUUUCUUGUUUGGAAGUUAACAAGAAUAGAGUGCUAGUGCCUUUCAAAGAAAAAUUUUAUCUGUUUGUGACUGCUGAGUACUUGGCGCCGAACUUCUAAUUUGAGCUUCAAAAAAUAUAAAUCGAUAAGAAUACAGAGUAUCGAACUAUAUUUGAGAAAGUUAAGUAUAAAAGUGCCAUCACAACAAAAAUGGGCGAACGAAGAGGAACAAAAGCUUUGGAACUAUGGUGCCGUCGUAUGACCGAAGGAUACCCUGGAGUUGAUGUAACAAAUAUGACGACAUCAUGGCGAGACGGUUUAGCAUUUUGCGCUAUCAUACAUCACUUCCGACCAGAUCUAUUGGAUUUCGAUAAACUAAACAAAGCCGAUGUCUACUACAACAACGAUUUGGCCUUCCGCACAGCAGAGCGUCACCUAGGCAUACCUGCCCUUUUGGACGCCAGCGACAUGGCCCUAUACGAGGUUCCAGAUCGUCUAUCAAUACUCACAUAUCUGUCACAAUUCUACCAAGUUUUUGGAUCUCAAGAUUCAUCUCACAGACUGAAGCGAACGUCGGCGACAACCGAAAAGUCGCCUAUUAGCAAGCCCCCUGGCCCGCCAGCUAAGAUGGCCCAUGUUGUUGGCGUACCCAAACGAGAUCCCUGUUCUGCAUGCGGCCUUCCAGUUUUUCUAGCCGAACGUCUAACAAUACCCGGCGUAAGUGGUAGCGGAUCGAAGAGAGUCUACCACCGAACUUGCUUGAGGUGUGCUCGAUGUAAAUCCCAACUAACACCCGGAAGUUUUUAUGAAACUGAAGUCGAUGGAGAGUAUUGCUGUGAAACUUGUCCCGAUGAAGAAAAACUGGAAUCUAUGGAGGCGCCGAGCGUUGAAGGUAGUAGCGACAAAACGCCAUCUCUUCCUGGAACAAGUCGAGGCUCCAUCGCCGAGCGUUUGGCUUUCUUUGAAAACGAUGGAAAGAAACUUCUACAGAAGAGUCUUAGUGAUGAGGAGAAGUCACAGAGUUUACAGCAGAUAUCCGAAACGCAGAAGAGCGUGUACAAGCAAAAUCCAGCCUUGAGUAAAUUUAUGAGCAGCCAUUUAUCGGAUAUUACCGACUCGGGGGCGCUUUCACCAGAUCGUACGCAAUCUAAUCAAAGCUCCAGACGCAGUAGUAUCAGCACGACUGCAUCAUUAACCAGCGGAGUAGAUGAUGAGGAAGAUUCUUCUGAAAAAGCCCCAGCGCUCCCGAAAUCUCUACCACCUAGUUUGAUUCCGAGCGCAGAGAAGCCAUCGCCAGACAAACCUCCAACUACUACACCAACUACAUUCAAGAGCAGCCUUGAGUUAUCUUUUGAUAAUACGAGUAAUUCUAGUUUGAGCACAUCCUUAUCACCGAGCCCAUUGAAAACGUCUACGAAGCAAAUAGCAAGCGAUAAAACCUACAAAACUGAAAACGAAGAUCUACCGAAACUAACUAAACCCCAAGAGGAAGAGAAUGAAGUAUCUAAAACCCCAACGAAAUCAAUUGCUGUUGGUGAAAUUUCAGCGACCGUACGAGUCACCAACGUCGAUUCAACCGAUCAAAUAAACGUUACCAAAGAUAUUUCCGAUAAUGAUGAGAAGAUGAGAACAACAACAGCAGAAACAUCAACAACUUCAUCAACUGCAAUGACAACAUCAUCAAAAGCUUCACCAACUAAAUUCGAUGAUAUUUCACAAACAAAUCGUUCAAGUAUGGUGCGUGCUCGUCUACAUCAAUUCGAAAUAAUUUCAAGUAAAAGUAAUUCUCCGUCGAGUAGUAUUAGUAAUAAUGUUAGUAACCGUAGCGAUAAAGAUAGUAGUACUAAUGAGAAUAAAGCUAGCACUAGUGAACCCAUGUCAAUUGCACUUGACGCACCAAAAACCGAUGAAGACACACAAGCAACAGCAACAAUUAUUACGUCUAAGAAAACUUUGGAAACUGAAGUGCCUAGGAUUGCUUCUAAGGAAACUACUAUUGAAACUACUGAAAAUGAUGCUAAGGAGGAUGAUAGUUUUAAGGAUAACAGUUCAACGAAUCUGGAAUUGAAUGAAACUGAAACAGGUCCUAGUGAUGCAAGCUAUUCUAAACAAGAGGACAGUAUUGAGGAGAUACUAGAAGACAAACCGAAGGAAGAAGAAAAACCAGACCAUCUACCAGAGAAAGCACCCAGGUCUAAAUCAUCACCAGCAAGGAAGUCGUCUAAUGCUAACGUAACAGAUGAAUAUCCAGAAGAUUUGAACCCUUUCAAAAGUGAUGAAGAAGACGAGGAUGAAGAUGUGGAAAAGGAAGAGAAGACGAAGUCAACAGCGGAUCAGGAUAAGAUGAGUAAGGAUGAGAAACGGAAAAGUUUAAAUCCUUUCGAUAGUUCCGACGAUGAGAUCGAAUAUAAGGACGAAACACCGAAGAAGGUCAAACCACCCAGGCCACCACCACCAAAAUUGAAGUCUACUAAUCCAUUUGAUAGUGAAGAUGAUGGUGGUGACGAGGAUGACGCGAAGUCCGUAGAGAGUGCGAAAAAACGGCCAGUACCAACACCACGAAGUCAUUUGACAUCAUCGCAGAACACGACGCCGGAACCGACUCCGCGAUUGUCCAGGCAGGCAUAUGCGACCCCAUUAUCUCAAACCAGCGAUCAAUAUGGAAGCAGUUCAUCAUUAACGAACCAAUCCCUUGGCCUGCACUCCUCCUCGGAGUUCCUAAGAAGAGGAAGUGAUACGAGGGGAUCAUCUCAUUCGAUUGGAUCAUCCACAGGUAGCUUGUCUGGAGGUAAAUAUAAGAAGGGGAAGAAAGCACCCCUGCCUCCGAAGCCUGAGAAUGCAACAGCGAAGGAGUUGUUCCCUGCACCCUCACCUGAUCCUCAGAAAUUGAGUCCCCAGCCUAGGAAGAAGCGACCGGCGCCAGCACCUCCACCAGUAAUUGAGACAACUCCAGCUACCCCAGAAGUGGAUAAAUUUGCCGAUAGCCCUGAUCACCUCUCUGAUGCUCCUUGCAAGAUACCACAAACAGACGACGUGAAAAGUGGCGAAGAAAAGCUUAUCGGCGAAGACAAGCUUAGCGACGAGGAGAAGCUUAAAGAAAUAGUUACUACUCCCUCUGAAAUUCCACCUGCCGACAACGAUUCAAAAACUACAAGGCGACUUAUAACCGUUGAUGCAAGUCUUCUAGAGGAUUCAUUUGCUCGAGGCUCAGAUUCACGACCCAAGGAGGAAGAGACCGUCGUCUACAGGCGGACCAUCGCUCCUUUGGUAAUAGAAAAUUCAGUCGACGAAGAAGAUGAUAUACCUGAAUCACACGAUCGUCAAUUAGAAAAACUAAAAGACAACAAAGAAGCGAAAAAUCGCAACCGAAAAAGUCAAAUUUCGCUACCGCUACCAACCGAGGAGAACGAUCCGCUUUACAAUAAAUCUGUUCAUGGAAAAUGGAAGAGACGUAAAGGUCCCGCUCCAGCAUUGCCUGUUCCGCCCAAGAAGGUUCUCCAGAUGCUUCCAUUGCAAGAGAUUCGUCAUGAACUGGAAAUUAUUGAGGUGCAACAGCAAGGGUUGGAAAAGCAGGGAGUGAUGCUUGAGAAAAUGAUCCGUGAACGAUGUGAGGGCGGGGAAGGUGCUAAUGAUGUCAAAGAAGAUGAACCGCCAAAGAGUUCUGUAACUAAUUCCAAGGAGGUGGAGGAUCUGAUCAUGCAACUGUUCGAGUUGGUUAACGAGAAGAACGAAUUGUUCCGGCGACAAGCGGAAUUGAUGUACUUACGUAGACAACAUCGUCUCGAACAAGAGCAAGCUGAUUUAGAGUAUGAAAUUCGUGUUCUAAUGGCCCAACCCGAAAGGAAUAAAACGGAUUCGGAUAAGGCUCGCGAGGAAGCACUUAUUGCCCGGCUCGUAGAGGUUGUUCAGCUCCGAAAUGAAGUUAUUGAGUGCCUUGAAAUGGAUCGACUGCGAGAAGCGGAAGAAGAUAUGAGCAUCAAACAACGUCUUGAAAUGCAUGCGGCCAAGCGAGAUGAAGAACUUUGCAAACAAACACCAACAAAAUUAUCGAAAAAGGAGAAGAAACGUCAGAAGGAGGCCAAAAAAUUAGGCAAAAGCAAAAAGUUGGAUGCAGAUAAGGACGCGGAUGAAUCGGAACUACCGGCCACCGAAAAGAAAGAGAAGAAAAAGAAGAAAAACAUAUUGACAAGCGUAAUUCCCUUCAAGUAGACUUCCAAAAGCAAAAAUUUAGCCUUAUUGCGUUGAGCGCACGAAAAUUACAUAUACACAUAUAUUUUGCAAAAGAAAACUACAAAAGACUUUAGAUAUUAGCCAUACGUUGCACGUCCUUAAUCCACAAGAAAAUAUUCAGAAUAAAUUGUUGAAAAUAUGAAUUAUAUCGCACACAUGACUACUGCAUUUUGCGGGGUGUUUUGAAAAUGUCCUAUUGAGCAUUUCGCCCACUCCUUCCUAAAAUUUUGUUCCAAGGUAACAAAAACCAUGUGAUAGCUUGCAUUGUUGAAUUUUGAUAGAAAUAUAUAUAUUUUUUGUACAUUCGGUUUCAAAUUAAACUUUUUUUACGUUUAACAACUGAGUUUUUCGUGAGUAUAUUCAAGAUCUAAGUAAGUUUCAGAUUCGUUGCUUUUUUAUGUAAAAAUAAUUUCUUCGAUUUCAUUUGAAUUAUCCUUUAAUUGCUAAGAAAUAAGAAGAUAAGAUUGAAUACCAAGAGAAAAACUCAAAUUGAAAGUUUUUAUUUGUUUAUUUUUUAAGAGCGAAAGAAUCAUUUAAUUGAAAUUAGCGACGUUAAGAAGCAAAUUAAAAAAAAUAUCAUAGUAAAAAAUAUUAUGAUUUGAUCCCGUUUUCGAUGGAUUUUUUGCAUAUUUAUAGAUUUUUUUAUCAUUAAAUAAAAAGAGUUUCGUUGAAUAAA